CAACCGGACCACGCCGCGCUGUAACUGACAGGAGUUAAGCCAUUUCAAUCACACACUUUCAGGAACUACAGGGAUUUGGAUGUGUUUCGGAUGGUGUAGACGCUCCUCAUCUUCAGGUUCCAUGUCUUUUUUGCGCUGGGUGUCGGAGAAGCUGAGUGUGGAGAGCCUGAGGGAUUUGGACUUAUUUGGAGAGCCAGCUCAGGCAAGCCCACUCAGAAGAGCCCAUGAGGACAGUCGUGAGUCUCUGAGCUACCUGCAACCCCAGGGCACCAUGGGAACCUUCCUACCAGACAGCAACGCCUACGAGCUCCUCACCAUCAUCGGUCAGGGUCUGGAAAACCUGAUGACUGUCAAUCUGGGCCGGUACAAACCCACCGGUGAACAUGUAGCCAUCCGACGGAUCGACAUGGAAGCCUGCACCAACGACAUGGUCAACUACCUUCAGGGAGAACUGCAUGUGUCUAAACUGUUCCAUCACCCCAGCAUCCUCCCGUACAGGAGUAUUUUCAUUUCAAAGAACGAGUUAUGGGUGAUCACGCCCUUCAUGGCCUAUGGAUCAGCACGGGAUUUGAUCAGCACGCACUUUGCUGACGGUUUGAGUGAGCUGACUAUCGCGUACAUCCUGCUUGGAGUUCUGAGGGCACUGGAGUAUAUUCAUCACAUGGGUUAUGUUCAUCGGAGUGUAAAGGCGAGCCACGUUCUGAUCGCGUCGGACGGUCAGGUGUACCUCUCUGGUCUGAGGAGCAUCUUCAGUAUGAUCCGACACGGUCAGAGAGCACGAGUGGUGCACGAUUUUCCUCAGUACAGUGUUAAAGUGCUGCCGUGGCUCAGCCCUGAGGUGCUACAACAGAAUCUUCAGGGCUAUGACUUCCGCUCGGACAUCUACAGCCUUGGAAUUACUGCGUGUGAGCUGGCGAAUGGUCACGUCCCAUUUAAAGACAUGCCCGCCACACAGAUGCUGCUGGAGAAGCUCAACGGUACAGUUCCAUGUCUGUUGGACAGCACCACCAUCCCGGCGGAAGAGCUCACUCUAAAGCCCUCGCGCUCGGGGGCAGACUCCGGGAUCUGCGAGGGCCUCGGCGCCGGAGGGGCACGGCACGCCAACGGAGAGCCGAACCCCUACAGCAGGACGUUCAGCCCUCACUUUCACAACUUCGUGGAGCUCUGCCUGCAGAGGGAUCCAGAGAAACGACCUUCAGCCAGCGCUCUGAUUGGUCACUCCUUCUUCAAGCAGAUAAAGCGGCGUCCAUGCGAGGCUCUGCCCGACCUGCUCCGUCCCGUCUCGCCACUCAGCAGCUUCGAGUGCGUCCAGCCUCACGAUUCGCCCUCGGCCCUGGCCAGUCUGGAGUCCGGCCUCAGCCACCUCGACGUGGACGACUGGGAUUUCUGACCCAGGAUAAAGGACUGCUGAGAGCUGGUGUGUUUUAUGGAAGUGAAAUCAGGGUGACUUGUUCAUGAUGAGGUUUGCUUUGAAGGGUUAGACGUGUAUAGAGUGCAUGCGUUUGCCAGUAAGUAGGAUUACAAAGAAAACGGGGUGCAGGGUUUGAGAGGAAUCGUUGGGUCAAAAAUAAAGCGUACACGACUUGGGCCGGUCAAAGCAUGUUUAGUAAGGUUCGGCUCUGUUUUUCCACCUGAUCUACAAGGCUUGUGUUAAAACGAGCGUUUAAAUUCUCAUUUCUGUCGUGGUGUUUGUAUUUUUACAGAACUGUGUGUAUAUAGCAGGUAUGUAUGUAAAAGAAACUGGUUCAGGGCUGGACUGCGGCCUCCACGGCCCUGCCCGACAGAGGAAGUGUAGGAAUCAGAAAGCACACUAGCCUUCAGGAUGUCAGGUGCUUACUUCUGUGCACGGUUACUGAGUUGUUACGUGGUUUGUAAACUAUAAACUUGAACGAUACACUUUAACAUGAAUGUCUGUUAGCAUCGUACUGCACGCUUCACUCCUGAGUUCUUGUUUACGCGGAAUCGGGCCGUCAAGCUCAGGAACAGUUACUGUUUAACUGUUCAGGAACUGUUACUGUUGCAUCAAACUAGUCAUUAAAGUUACUGGUACAUCCGGUUUCCAUCCACAAGAGCUGCUAGCUGAGAUACAUGACAACAUCCGGGCUAUAUAUCUCAGUUACAGUGAUUAUUUGCAUCAUGAAUGUUAUUGCAGUGUUUCUCAGUUUGCUUCUGUUUGGUGGAGAUGAAGCCGUGAUGUAUUUCAGUGUGGAGUUUUUCAGAUGUUACACAAUAAGAAUAAACGUUUUUUAAAUUAAUAA